AUGAUUUUGCGGAUAUUAUUUAUCGUUUACUGUCUAUCGUUUGUUUCCGCUGAUGAUGAAGAUGAUCCGAAAAAUUAUAAAGACUUCAAAUUGAUUCGAAUCAAUCCGGAAAGCGAGGAUAGUCUCUCGUAUUUGAAAGCUUUAUAUGAAGGCGAGUCACCGUAUUCACUCGAUUUCUGGCAACCACCGACAAGAAUUGGAGCUCUAGUUGACGUCUCCGUUUCCCCCUUAGAUGCCCCGAUUUUCGUUCGAGAUCUCACCUCGAAGAAUCUCAAGUACAUUGUGGCGAUCAAUGACCUCGAUCAAGCCAUUCAAAACGAGCGUUCUACCACGGCUUGGCACCAUCCGAUUGACGGGUUUUCGUAUGACAAAUACAAUUCAUUGGUUGAUAUCCAUGAUGAGUUGAAAAGACUGAAACGAGAGCAUCCAGAUUUGGUGACGCUCAUUGAUAUCGGCACAUCGCACGAGAAUCGAACGCUUCUCGUUAUCAAGCUUAAAGGACGCCGCAACGUUGUCAGCGAGAAGCCAGCUUUUUGGAUUGAUGCUGGUAUUCAUGCUCGUGAAUGGAUCGCUCCAGCCACGGCAAUGUACACGGUGAGACAGCUGAUUAAUGGAUACGACACCGAUCCACAGAUUCAAUCUCUUCUCGAUUCGGUUGACUUCUAUGUGUUGCCUGUAAUGAACCCAGAUGGAUAUGAAUACUCAAGGAUUACGAAUCGAAUGUGGCGAAAGAAUCGUCGACCGGCUACUUGCAAGCGAAAUCAUUUUCACACGAUUUGCUGUGCAGGAGUGGAUCUGAAUCGGAAUUUUGAUUGGUUCUUUGGCUCAAGAGGGACCUCAAACGAUCCUUGCCAUGAGACUUACCACGGUCCACAAGCUUUUUCCGAACCUGAGACGCAAGCUGUUCGUGAUUUUCUCGAAGCACACAAACCAAAAGCUUUCGUGACGCUUCACUCCUACUCCCAAAUGUGGCUAAUCCCAUUCGGACAUCGAAAACGAAGCUACCCUCAAGAUUACAAUACAGCUUUGCGUCCAUUGGCUUUACGAGCCACCAAGGCUCUCUACGAUCUUUAUGGAACAAAAUAUCAAGUCGGAACUGGCGCUGAUCUCAUGUAUGAAGCCGCUGGCGGGUCGCACGAUUGGGCAAAGGGAAAUCUGAAAGUUCCCUACGCUUAUCUCGUCGAGUUACGACCGAAAAACACAAUGUUCGGCAAUGGUUUCCUUUUGCCUGAAAGAGAAAUCCCAUCAACAGGCCUUGAGACAUGGGAAGCGAUACGAGUUGUCGCCGACGAACUAGUGGGACAAUUCGUUCAGCCGGUCAUUCGCAAUAAAGUUGUCACUACAACUGCUGAACCUGAAGUGAAAUCGGGAGAAAGACGAGGUUACAAGAUAAUUGAAACGACAAGGAAAGAAGAAAGCACAAAAACAUUCCCCACAACCACUGCUGAAACGUCUACUCUUCCAACGACUCGCGCUUGGACAAGAUGGAGAACGAAAGGCGCCGAGUUGACGAAAUCGUCGACGAGUUCAGCUGGGCAAACGACUGGAUACAGCACUCAAUCUACAACAACAACGUCUACAACGUCUACAACGUCUACAACAACAACUACGAGCUCGACUACCACCACAACAACGACAACAACAACCACAAUAACGACAACACGGCCAACUCUAGUAACUACAACGACAAGUCCAACCACAACCACCACUGAAUCGGCCACAAGUGUAUUUUCUAUUCUGAAAGGCCGUCAAACGACUACUUGGAGAUUGGUCACGCCAAAGGAAAUCGGUCUUUCAAUCUCAUCUGAAGUGCGUAUUGGCUCAGAUACAACAACAACAGAAAAAGUGCCAUCCUCCACCAUCACUUCACCAACGACCACACUGAAAACGCUAAAUUGUGUCGAUUACGGUAGCUAUUGUCAAUUAUGGGGAAUUUUGCAACUCUGCGACAAGCGCUCAGUGCAAAAGCUGUGCACAAAGACGUGCCAUUCUAAAUGUCGCUAUGCAACGUUACAG